GGGCGCCAUUGCCCCACUCGACGUUCUCUCUCCUCAGCUUCGACUCCUUCUCUUCGUUCUUCCCCCUUUCUCGCGCUGUGCCGUCCUGCCCUCAGGUGAUGCUCGCUGCCCCUGCAACCACUGUAUCCGCCCCUCUCGCCGGUAAACGCCCCCAUCUCUCCUCUCUGCGCCACUACUUUUUCCUCACAUCAACUGCCCUCCCAUCAAAGUCGAGCGUGAGCGACGGGAGACGCCAUCGUCUCCGCCCACCUUGCAGGAAACGCCAUCGUCAUGCUGGCUUACAGACGGAAACAAAAUUUGUCGAACACUUUCAAAACCUAUAAAACGUAUGACCUUGCAAUAAUCUCGAGGAGAAAUGAAACAAAGGAAAUCAUGGCAACGAAGGGAAAACGGCAGACGCAGGGCAUGGUUCACGCGUGUAGGGGAUGGGAACAACAAACCAGUUAUGGUCUGUUGAUGUCAGCUGUUAGGUCGCUGCAAUGGACUGCACGGCAACAGGAUGGAUUUGGGGAAUCUACUCGAGUUUCACUUACAGAACCUCCUGAAGAGGAGCUAGACCCUUGUAGAGAUGUUUUAUAUCACGAUGGUUCGAUCUGUUCUUAUGUCUGUAUAUCUGAAUCAGCUGAAGAUGCCUGAGCUUCUUUAGAAGUCACUUGCAGCAAAACUUCUUG